GGGGGCGGGUGGGGCAGGGCCGGCAUCUUACCCGCUCGUCGAACAUGCGCUCGAGCGCGGAGGCGUCGACUCAGCGGGGGUCUCAUCUUUCGUUCGCCGGAUGGGGAAGAGCUACCAAAGGUGUACUCAAGAUGUACUCAAGGUUGCAUCCUGCAUCCGUAUCCGUAUCCGCAUCUGUGUUUGAAUGUAGCAGUAUAGUAGACUCAUCAAGGAGAGAGACCGUCGUUCCGUGAUUGAGAUUUGAUAUCGAUGAACGAAGAUGAUCGAUGCGUCGAGUACCAUAGCCUCAAACCGAUUCACGUCUCAGCACCACCCCACAUCGCACUCUCACUCCCUAUUUCCACCCCUCGUAUUUCACGCUUUCGCGCCCAAAACGCAACACCACGCAAACGAAAUAAAAAAAUUUCAUUUUCUCAAUAUUUCACAAAAAGAGAGAGUGUGUGUGGGAGAGAGAGGGGGGGACGGAAUAUUAAAACUACAAAUAGCUUAUCAACAGAUUUUUUUCCAGUGUCGCACCGAUUGACACCGAGAGAUAGAUAGAUAAAAAAUGACUAAGAGU